UUGGAUGUGCGCCAGAAGGGAAAGCUUUCAUUCGAACCUCGUCUGUUAUGUUAGCAGUUAGUGUCUACACGGGGUCUGAUGACUACUUAGUUUUACCUAAGACCAAUCCAAGCCAAUGCUACAGAUUGUGUUACGACAGUGAAGAUUGUAAGGCCUACUUCGUGGAUUACAUGAAUUACUCUUGCAUACUAACCAAAAAAGAUCACUUGACUAUCAGGCCACAACUAAAACCACAUUUCGCUGGAAGUUACCACAGGAAAAUCUGCCUAUCAGGUUUUAGAUGUCAACGUCACUGGACAUUCGAUGUUGUUCCCGGAAUUCGAUUGGUUGGACAAGAAGACAAGGUUGUGCCCGACAUUGGGUCCGAAGAUCGAUGUAUCGAGGCGUGUUCAAUCGAGAAGAGCUUUAAUUGUCGUUCUGCAAUUUACGAGUUCACUACAAGAAAUUGCAUUCUGAGCAUGUACGAUCGUCGAGUGGCGCCGGAAAUAUUUAAAAUAACAUCUGUUGAAGUUGAUUAUCUCGAAAACCAAUGUGUUUCAGAACCAAGUCAGUGCAUUUUUAAUCAACAAAAUGGUAGGAUGAUAACCCACGCACAAGUUUAUCUGUCACUCUCAUCCACUACCAGGGAGCGCUGUCAAGAAUCGUGUAUUGAACACACUGAUUUUCGCUGUAGGUCAUUUAUGUUCGAUGAUUCGCGUUCUUUAUGCCUUCUCACACCGGAGGAUUCCUACUCGUCACCAGAGGGCUCUACGAACACAGAGGUAACAUCAAGUAGCGAAACAUAUGAAUUAGGAUCGUGCAUCGACG